GGACCCUUUGGUGGAGACCCUCAGUCCCCCAGCCUGAACCAAGCAGGGAACAGCCACUCUGCCCAGCCGUGCACAAUGGGGAGGAAAAAAAUCCAGAUCUCGCGAAUUCUAGACCAAAGGAAUAGGCAGGUGACCUUCACCAAGCGCAAGUUCGGGCUGAUGAAGAAGGCUUACGAGCUGAGCGUGCUUUGCGACUGCGACAUCGCGCUCAUCAUCUUCAACAGCGCGCAGCGGCUCUUCCAGUACGCGAGCAGCGACAUGGACCGGGUCCUGCUCAAAUACACUGAGUACAGCGAGCCGCACGAGAGUCGCACGAACGCGGAUAUUCUGCAGACACUGAAGAGGAGGGGCGUGGGCCUCGAUGGGCCUGAGCUGGAAGUGGAGGAAGGGCCUGAGGGUCCGGGAGAGAAGCUGCUGAGGACGCUGGGAGGCGACAGGAGCUCGGCCUCGCCCCUGCCUCGGAUCUAUCCAGUGGCCCCUGCGAUGUCGGUCUCAGAGCUGUCAUACCGGGUCCCACCCGCCACUCCAGGCUGUGACCCUGGCGGGCUAGGGGAGUCGUCUGCACACAGCCGCCAGCCUCACUUUCGACCCCCGGGUCUGGGACACCCCAUCUUCUCUCCGAGCCACCUCGCGGGCAAGACGCCCCCACCCCUGUACCUAGCGACUGACGGGCGGAGGCCAGACCUGCCCCCGGGCCUGGUUGGGGCCCGAGGGGGACUGGGCACCUCGAGGAGCCUGUACAGCGGUCUGCAGAGCCCCGGCACUACUCCGGGCCCCGCUCUGGGUAGCUUUGCCUUCCUGCCAACAGGCUCCGCAGAUUGCAGCCCCGGAGACGCCGCUCAGCUUCCGUUGCAGCCUUCUCCCUGGCCACCAACGAGGGACGCGGUGGAUCCUGUCCGGCCAGCUGCCCGCAGUCUAUGUGAGGAGGGUCCGCCCAGCAGAGUGGCGUCCCCUCCGACGCCUCCGAUGAGCAUCAAGUCGGAGCGUCUGUCUCCAGCCACUGGGGCCUCGGGCGACUUCUCCAGGUCGUUUCCCUACCCACUGCUCCUUGCCAGGCCCCUGGCAGAGCCACUGCGGCCCGCGGCCUCCCUGCGCCGCUUGACCCCUGACGGCUGGUCGCGGUAGCGCUCCAGGAGGCUCCUCCAC